AUGGCGACAAUGGAAAGCUUGAUCGGCUUAGUGAACAGAAUCCAGAGGGCGUGCACCGUGCUAGGCGAUCAUGGCGGUGAGGGCAUGUCUCUAUGGGAAGCCCUUCCUUCCGUCGCCGUUGUUGGUGGCCAGAGUUCUGGAAAAUCAUCCGUCCUCGAGAGCGUGGUUGGGAGAGAUUUUCUGCCUCGUGGAUCAGGCAUUGUGACAAGGAGGCCAUUGGUGUUGCAACUCCAUAAAACAGAGGGAGGGACAGAGUAUGCAGAGUUCUUACAUGCACCAAAGAAGAAAUUUUCCGACUUCGCUUCUGUACGUCAAGAGAUAGCAGAUGAGACGGAUCGCAUAACAGGGAAGAGCAAACAAAUAUCCAACGUCCCUAUCCAUUUGAGCAUUUACUCCCCUAAUGUGGUAAAUUUAACAGUCAUUGAUCUUCCCGGGUUGACAAAGGUAGCUGUUGAGGGACAGCCAGAGAGUAUUGUUGAAGAUAUUGAAAUGAUGGUCCGGUCUUAUGUUGAAAAGCCAAAUUGCAUUAUUUUGGCCAUCUCUCCUGCUAAUCAAGACAUAGCAACUUCAGAUGCUAUAAAGCUUGCCAGGGAAGUUGACCCAACAGGUGAAAGGACAUUCGGAGUGUUGACUAAACUUGAUUUAAUGGAUAAAGGGACGAAUGCACUUGACGUACUUGAAGGCAGAGCGUACAGGCUCAUGCAUCCAUGGGUUGGAAUUGUGAAUCGCUCUCAAGCUGAUAUCAACAAGAAUGUUAACAUGAUUUCUGCUCGUCAGAAGGAGAGGGAAUAUUUUGAGUCCAGCCCAGAGUAUGGUCAUCUUGCUCAUAAAAUGGGUUCCGAGUAUCUGGCAAAACUUCUUUCGCAGCAUCUGGAGAAGGUCAUUAGGCAGCGAAUUCCCAGCAUUAUUGCCUUAAUAAAUAAGACUAUUGAUGAGCUUAAUGCGGAAUUGGACCGUAUUGGUAGGCCCAUUGCUGUGGAUGGAGGGGCGCAGCUGUAUACAAUUCUGGAAAUGUGUCGCGCAUUUGAUCGCAUUUUCAAGGAACAUCUGGAUGGAGGGAGGCCAGGAGGAGACAAGAUAUAUGGUGUUUUUGAUCACCAAUUACCUGCCGCUCUAAAGAAGCUUCCAUUUGAUCGCCACCUCUCUCAAAGUAAUGUCAAAAAAGUUAUUUCAGAAGCAGAUGGGUAUCAGCCUCACUUGAUUGCCCCAGAACAAGGAUACAGAAGACUAAUUGAUGGAUCACUUGGCUACUUCAAGGGGCCUGCUGAAGCUUCAGUUGAUGCGGUACACUUCGUUUUGAAAGAACUUGUGAGGAAGUCUAUUGCAGAAACUGAGGAAUUGAAACGAUUCCCAACACUUCAGUCUGAUAUAGCAGCAGCGGCAAAUGAAGCACUGGAAAAGUUUCGUGAUGAGAGUCGUAGGGCAGUUCUACGGCUGGUGGAAAUGGAGUCUGCUUACCUAACAGUUGACUUUUUCAGGAAACUUAACACUGAACCAGAGAAAACAGCAAAUCCUGCUGGCCCAAACGCUGAUCGUUACACUGACAAUCAUCUUAGGAGAAUCGGUACAAAUGUGUCUGCUUACAUUAGUAUGGUUUGCGAUACCAUGAGGAAUAGUAUUCCCAAGGCUGUUGUUCAUUGUCAAGUUCGAGAGGCUAAGCGAUCACUGCUAAAUAUUUUCUAUGCACAAAUUGGAAGAAGGGAGAAAGAGCAACUUGGUAAAAUGCUGGAUGAAGAUCCAUCACUUAUGGCAAAGAGGGAGACCUUAGCCAAGAGGCUCGAACUGUACAAGUCAGCACGUGAUGAGAUCGACUCGGUUGCAUGGAAAUGA